UCGAAGAAGAAGAAGUUUUUACCUGUUUAUAUUAUAGGGUCUUGUUAGCCAAUGAAAACAAGCUAAGCAGCUAAUUGUGUCCUCCAGCCGCUGGACCUCAGUCGGUUCCUGCCGCGCAUCACAAUAACAUCUGGUUGCGGUGGCGGUCCAACUCGCUUUGUCUCUGCUUCGUGGAAUUUGUGUCCAGCCAGAGGUUUUAGCUUUGGGACUUUUGACCCUCAUCAUGCUAAGCUAGUUCGCAUAUAAGCUAGCCGCUGCUUUCUCAUCGUCUUGGCUCCAAGCUAACUGGACGGGACCAGCUCGGGAUGUGCAAUGGCAUCGGUUCGGGUAGCUGUCCGGGUCAGACCCAUGGACAGACGGGAGAAGGACUUGAUGGCCAAGUGCAUCAUCAAGAUGGACGGUACCAAAACCACCAUCACCAACCUGAAGAUCCCUGAAGGCAUCACAGGGGAGUCCACGAGGGAUCGAACAAAGACCUUCACGUACGACUUUUCGUACGACUCGGCCGACUGUAAGAGCUCGACCUUCGUCUCUCAGGAUAAGGUCUUUCGAGAUUUGGGCUCUGACGUGCUGAAAGCAGCGUUUGAGGGCUACAACGCUUGUGUUUUCGCCUAUGGUCAGACAGGAUCUGGGAAAUCUUACACCAUGAUGGGAAAUCCAGGAGAUGCGGGUUUGAUCCCCAGGAUCUGCGAGGGGUUGUUUGGCCGCAUCGCAGAAGCCACACGAUGGGAUGAAGCUUCUUUCCGUACAGAAGUCAGCUACCUGGAGAUCUACAACGAGCGUGUGAGGGAUCUGCUAAGGAGGAAGUCCACCCAGACGUAUAACCUGAGAGUGAGGGAGCACCCCAAGGGUGGGCCUUAUGUAGAAGAUCUGUCCAAACACCUGGUCCAGAACUACAGCGACGUAGAGGAGCUGAUGGAGGCAGGAAACAUCAACCGCACUACCGCCAGCACAGGCAUGAAUGACGUCAGCAGCCGAUCGCACGCCAUCUUCACCAUAAACUUCACACAGGCCAAGUUUGAUGCAGAGAUGCCCAGUGAAACGGUCAGCAAGAUCCACCUGGUGGACCUGGCUGGAAGUGAGCGGGCAGACUCCACCGGCGCCACUGGCGUCAGGCUGAAAGAAGGCGGCAACAUCAAUAAGUCUCUGGUCACACUGGGAAACGUCAUCUCUGCUCUGGCUGACCUGACGCAGGACGGCGUCAACACCAACCAGAAGAAGAAGUCUGUCUUUGUCCCCUACAGAGACUCCGUGCUAACAUGGCUGCUGAAGGACAGCCUGGGCGGCAACUCCAAGACCAUCAUGAUCGCCACCAUCUCCCCCGCCGAUGUCAACUACGGCGAGACGCUGAGUACGCUGCGCUACGCCAACCGGGCCAAGAACAUCAUCAACAAGCCCACCAUCAACGAGGACGCCAACGUCAGGCUGAUCAGAGAACUGCGCGCGGAAAUCGCACGACUGAAAGCUCUGCUGAUUGAAGGCAGCCAGAUCGCUUUGCUGGAUUCUCCCACUGCUCUCAGCGUGGAGGAGAAGCUGCACCAGAACGAAGCCCGAGUUCUUGAGCUGACUAAAGAAUGGACCAACAAGUGGAACGAGACACAGAACAUCCUGAAGGAGGAGACGCUGGCGUUGAGGAAGGAAGGCAUCGGCGUGGUUCUGGAUUCUGAGCUGCCUCACCUCAUCGGCAUUGACGACGACCUCCUCAGCACCGGGAUCAUCCUCUACCACCUCAAAGAGGGACGCACAUUUGUGGGCAGAGAGGACGCGUCCACGGAGCAGGACAUCAUUCUGCACGGUCUAGACCUGGAGAGCGAGCACUGCAUGUUUGAGAACCAGAACGGUACUGUGACGCUGGUACCACUCAGUGGAGCUCAGUGUUGUAUCAAUGGAGUCCAGGUGAUGACACCCACUCAGCUCAACCAAGGUGCUGUGAUCCUGCUGGGCAGAACCAACAUGUUCCGUUUCAAUCACCCCAAAGAGGCGGCCAAACUCAGAGAGAAGCGCAAGAGCGGCCUGUUGUCCUCCUUCAGUCUGUCCAUGAGUGACCUGUCCCAGUCCUGUGAGAACCUCUCCACUGUCAUGCUCUACAACCCGGGUCUCUACACUGACAAGGGCCCCGUCUUUCUCAGGCUGGAGUUUGAGCGACAGCAGCGUGAGGAGUUGGACAAGUUGGAGGUGAAAAGGAGGCUGAUCAAGGAGAUGGAGGCCAAGCAGCAGAGCGAGAAGGCGGAGCUAGAGCGCCUCCAGCAGGAGGUGGAGAGCCAGCGCAAGGAAUCUGAGGAAGUGCAUCAGAGGAUCCUUCGCCAGGAGGAGAGCCUUCGCCGCCGCAGUCAGGACAUGGAGAUCCUCCUUCGCCACCUCCUGGAGGAGAAGCAACGCUUUGAGGAGGACAGACGCUCCCACCUCCAGGAGGUGCAGGAGGGAGCAGAGGAGAAGCAGGACGAAGAGCAGAAGGAGAUCUACCGAGAGCUGGAGGAGCUGAAGAGGGAGCGUGAGGAACAGCAUGCACGUCUGGAGACUGAGAGGAGGCGCUUGGAGGAGCAGGAGAAGGAGCAGAUGAGCCUAGUUGGGAAGCUGCAGGCGCAGCUAAGGGAUGAAGAGGAGGCCGCAGUCUCCCUGCAGAGCCAGGAGGAAGCAGGCCGCCUGGAGGAGGAGCAACAAUCGCUAGCCGACAUCAGAGAGGCGCUCCUGCGGGCCAGGGAGGUGGGAGGAGCCAGUGAGGAGGCGAGGAACGCUUUCGCUCUUUACACAGACUUCAAAGGAACUCAGCUGGAGGAGCUAGGACGCAUGGAGGAGGCGCUUCAGCGGCAGAAGGAACGUCUGGAGAAGGAGGUCACCUCUUUGCUCCCACUGGCACACAACCUGGAGAAGGAGCAACGUCUGCACUGCAAGGAGCGCCAGCUGAGGAGCCUAGCCCAGAACCUUCUCCCGGCGCUGGCACAGGAGAAACAGCGAGCAGAGGAGGUGCUCGAGCAUCCCCUUGGCCCACAGGAACUUCUGUACCAAGUGGAGAAGGAGCUUCAGGAGAAGGAGGAGAAGCUGGAGGUCCACCGGGCGUGCGCUCAACACCUGCUGCACCUCCAGGAGACCUUUCAGUUCACGGCUGACGUUGCCCGUCAAGAAGAAAAGGUGAGGCUCAAGGAGAAGGAGAUCCUGGAGUCCAAAGAGAAGCAGCAGGUGGAAGCCAUGGAAGAAGCGGUGGGCCGGCUGAAGAAGAGGCACUUGGCCCUCAGACGCUGUGCCUCCAUGGAGGAGAAAGGCGUACACAGGGAGGAACAGGAGAUCGAAAAAGGAGAGAAGAGCCGGGGAACUCACCUGCACACACUCCUUCCUCUGUCAGAUGAUCGCAUCAACGCUUACAUCGAGGAGGAGGUGCAGAGGAGGCUACGCAACAUGAACCUCCGGAAUGGACUUUCGCUCUCCUGCCAGCCGCUCCAGGAGGUACAAGCAAGCACGUCGACACAGGAGGAAGACAAGCUGCCAAAUAAGAAUCAUGGACUGAAGGUCAAAUACGAGACGGACGCAAGCGUCCACCAGAACCCUCAGGUAGAACCAGGGACCCGGGAAGAAGAGCCUGCGGCCACGCUUGAGUUGCGGGCGAAGAAUGAAGCGUGUGCCAGAUCCGGUCGGGAUCACAUGGAUGAAAACCGAAACAUGACGGUGAAGGUGGAUAAGAGGCGGGUCCCGUCACUGCCAUGUGACCCGGCUUCUUCCGAAGACCUGGGAACCUCUGGAUCAGAGGAACACUGUGACGGUGAAACGGCCAUCUUAGAACCUGAGAAGACGUCCAGUUUGGGCUACUUUGCAGGGAAGUUGUCAGAGGUCUACAGAACCGCUGGUCUGGGUCUGCAAGUGACCCGUGACAUCAUUCACGGUGUUGGCAUGCAAGAUGUGAAGGACCUGUUCUCUCACUAUGUGACCCGAAUGUCCAAAGAACUUCCCCUGAUCUAUCUCAGGGAGCCCACAGUGGGACCUGUCCCAGAACCUCCUGAGGUCCACAUGGGACAUAAAGUUACUUUGUUGAAUGCGACAAAAAAUGGCGUGGACUGGUCCAAUCUGGCCAAAGGUUCUGUGUCUUGCGUGAAGAACUUCGGUCCUCAUGUGUUCUCUCAAAGUCUGGUUCUGAUGCCGCCGGCUUUGGACCACCUCCAGGCAUCUCCGGCACUCAAGAUGCUGGAGACGUUGGACGCUCUGGCGCCACGUUCACGGGUCGGCCUGCUGCGGAGCGUCUUCUGGUUGAGAACGGCCAGCGCCGAGAAGCCACGCCCUCAAGCGGCGUGUCUGCUGGUGUCGGAAAAAGCGUUAACUGUGGUCUCAAGCGGUGCUGGUUCUGAAGACACCCUAACGGUUUGCCAGUGUUUGGGUCUCAGUCAGAUCCACAAGGUCCAGAUCAGUCUGGCGGGGCAACAUGUGCGCUUGCUGGGCGGUUCCAGUGACGUUCUCUUGGUGGUGUUCACCCACAGCAAGGAACUCACACAGGAGUUCUGCAGGGCCGUACUCAAUGCCGAGAAGUCCUCGGAGUUGGUCAAAGGUCCCCCUUUGUUGGACGGUGACCUCAUGGUUCUGUCUCUGGAUUGGACCGCCAGAGUUCCUGACAUUGUUCUGGACCAUCUCGUCAUCACCUCCAGAUUCAAGCGGGUUCUGGCGGACCUGCUCUACGUAGUCCACGGGAACAUGUCCGGUUCUGACAAGCCCUCGCUGGCCGCCAUCCAACCUCUGCUCUACACCAGCACCAGAACGUCCUGCACAGACCCAGACGCCAUCUUGCAGUUCUUCCUCACAGAUACCCACGUGGUUAUACUCCAGGAGGACGCCGUUCUCCACCCGGCAACACCUGGCUCCGUUCUGCUUCCCAUGCAACCGCAUUUCCGGAUCCGGGACUUGCGACGCCGUAAGGAUAUCAGCUGUGUGCUCCUGAAGCGGAGACGGGAGUGUCUGCUGGUCCAGAUAGUCUUCAAGAACUCAAUAAAUGCGUCGACUCAUCAGAGCCGUUCUUGGAAGCUGACUUUUGGUUGCGUACCAGAAGUUGCUCUCCUAGUUCAGCACCUGUGCGUCUGAAAGACCAAACCUUGGACCACAAUCUGGUUCUGAUCUGCUUUUAAAAGAUGAUGUAAAACGUCAAAUCAGAAUCAUCAGUAAGAAUAAAUACUUUAGGCGAGAAGAUGGUGCACGUCUUUACUUUCCUACUAAGGACAUUUUUCAUGCCGUUUCUGUUUCCAUGGUGACGGCUGCUUUAGGUCUAGUCCUGGUAC